AUGGAGGCACAAGGCCCGUACCUGAACAGCUCGGCCCUGCUGUCUCCCCUGGGUGUACUCCGCUCGCUGCAGAUCCUGUUCGGCUGUGUCACCCUGAGCCUAGUUGCCCACGAUGGGGGUUACGGAGAGGCGUACGGCUACUUCUGUAUGUUCGCCUGGGCCUGGUGCCUGGCGCUGAGCGGCCUGGUCGUCUCCCUGGAGCUUUCCCGGCUGCAGGGCUGCCUGGGGCUGUCCUGGGAGAACUUCACCAUCUCGUUCGCGAUGCUGGCCGUGCUGAUGGAGCUCACCGCCUCCAGCGUCUACCCGGUCUACUUCGUGCAGCUGGAGUGCGGGCCAGAGGCGGCGGGGAGCUGCGAGUCCCGCAGCUUCAGGAUCUCGGCCAGCGCCUUCUCGGCUCUCACCUGCAUCGCGUACGGGGCCGAGGUGCACCUGAGCCGGGCCAGGCCGGGGCACAUCGGCGCCUACAUGGCCACCACCCCGGGGCUCCUCAAAGUGGUCCAGGCGUACGUGGCUUGCAUCAUCUUCGGGGCACUAGCCAACGGCAGCGAGUACAGCCGCUACCCGGCCACCCAGUGGUGUGUGGCCGUCUACUCCAUCUGCUUCACCCUCACCUCCCUGGUCAUCGGUCUCAAUGUAUCCGGACAGACCGGGGCUCUCAGGUGCCCCUUCGACAGGCUAGUGGUCCUCUACACCUUCCUGGCCACCCUGCUGUACCUCAGCGCCGCCGUGGUCUGGCCCAUCUUCUGCUUUGACAGUAAGUACGGCUCGGUGGAGAGACCGGCCUCUUGCUCUCUGGGAGACUGCCCCUGGGACAGCCAGCUCAUCAUCACCAUCUUCACCUUCAUCAACCUCAUCCUGUACCUGGUCGACCUGAUUUACUCGCAGAGACUCCGCUACAUCCCGGAGCCUUGAAGGAACACCCCUCUCUCUGCAAAACAACAACAAAAAUAUUUGACUAACAAAAAAAAGCUUUAACUGAGAGCUGUUCUGUAAAGUCUUUGCGGAUCAAAAAAAAAUGGGAUUUGACAUUACACCUCAAUUGAGAAAUUGCACCUCGCGUGGUGAUGUCUGAAACAUUAAACGCUUUAUCGGUGAUGACUUGGAAAUCUUCUCAGGAUGUUUACUGGACAGUAGAUACCGUGUUUAUUAUAGAGAGUGCCAAACUUGUGACAGCAUUGUGAAAAAGGGUCACUGGUCCUGAAACGUUGACUCUGAUUGCUCUCUCCACAGAAGCUGCCAGACCUGCUGAGCUUUUCCAGCACUUGUAUUUAUAACAGCUUUUGUUUUUGGUUGUGGAGCGGCGGGAUAACAAGGCAAAUGCUCCUCCGGUCUUUAAAAAAAUUAUUGCACACAGGUAUAAUCACAGAAGUAAGGCUAAACAAGUGAGCGUUAGCCCGUGCGGCCUGUAGGAAUUACCGGCCAGCUAAUUAUUUCUUGCCAUUCUUUCCGUAUAACUCACAUCGCCAUGUCCUUGUGUCUGAAUCUCCUUUGUGUUUAUUCAGCUUCUAUUUAAAUCCUCUGUCAUUCACGUCAACCACAUGGUGUGGCUGCACAUUCCCAUCAAUGUCGGUGUAAAGAUCUUUCUCCCAAAUCCCCUUCAUUGGUUCAUUGCUGACUGACUGUCUCAAGUUUAACUCCCUCCAACACCAACUGUCUUAACCAAAUCCCAACCACUCACUGGACCAUUAGAACUACCCCACCAGAUUCUUUCAUAAUCUUGAAGACAUCUACCAGAACAACCUCCAUUUUCCUUCUACAAAAAAAAAGCCUUACUUAUUCAAUGUUUCCUAAUGGGUAUAAACUCUCAGUUCUACUAUCAUUCUUGCAGAUUUUCUUUCAAAGCUUCUGUGUCUUUUUAUAUAAUCAUGGAGACUGGAGUUGUUUGCAGUACUCCACCUGUGCUCUGAUCCAUGUUUGAUACAAGCUCAACCUUACUUCCCUGCUUUUCAGUGUUAUCUCUUGGAAAUUAACCCUAGGCAUCUGCUUACAUUUUUUUGCUCUUAUUAAACUGUAUCGAUACCUUUAAUUAUGGUAGCACAUUUGUGGUGUACCUAAAUAACAACGUUAAUAUUAAUUCAGGUUGUGACACCUUUUAGAUAGAGGGAGGUCAUUUGAACUGUCAGUCCUGUGCUGACCCUAUACAAGGCUGCUCUAAGUCUAUCUCACACGUUGUGGCCUCCACUUGUUUGCAGUUCUUUAAAGUGAAGCAGUAAUGAUGUUCUUAUUCUGACAUGUUAUAGGUAUAUCACUUAUCUUUGACUGACUUGCUUUUUGUAUUCAGAAUGUUGCAGAAUAUUCACUGGAGUAACAGUGAUCAGUACAUGUAUACACCUGUAUGCCAGGUAAAACACAGCGUUCUUGCAAGCAAGAGCUUACUUGUCACCUAACAGAAUUCUACACUUUAAACAAAAAGCCACAUCACUAGCAGCUGCUAAUUGUGUACAGAAGUAGCUUGUUUUACCUCAUAAAAGUAAACCUCUGGCUGUUCUGCUUCACAAUGCUGUUUUGUAUGUAUAUCUCAAGAUUUAAAUCCAAUGUUUAAAUGAUGUAGAUAUUCUUUGGGAAAAGUGGAGAAUGCAGGUCACUUGUUUUUGAUCAGCUUGAAUUUCAGCAAGGGGAUGUGAUAAAGGGACAUUCUUUGUUUUAUUUCAGUGGAAUCAGCACAUUUAACCAGUGCACUGGGGAGAAUGAGAUAGAAAUGCAUGUCCAAUCAGGCCUGAAUAAAGCAUCUGCUGUAGUAUCCUCUUCUGUAUGACUGGAAACCAAAUGUUAAAAGCUACUGUGUCAUUUUUUAGGCAGAAUAAGGCUUCUGCAUUUAAAUGUAUAAACACUGAUAGAUUUAGUGCCUUGUAAUCUGAACUGGAAUCAAAGUAUCUUUAUGAAAUAACAAGUAGUAUAGCUGAUAUCAUAAUAUUGUUGCAGAAUCUCACUCAAUAACAAUUAAGAGUACAGAUUGUGUAAUGUCAUUUGGAAGCAUAAACAUUGCAAUUGAAAUUAAUAAAUUUAUUCUCCAAUAUAAAUGUAAUAUGUUUAGAUACUGUACCUUGUAACAAAAAUAAACGCUACAUAUU